AGUAAAACAAGCGUUUCGAAAUUAAUCAUAAAUAAGUAGAUGCGGAUUCUAUUACAUUGCUGUCUGUAGGUUCUAUAUUUCUAUCUGCCUUUGCUGUUAACCUAAGAGCCAUUAGACUUUUCUUCAGAUCUCUCUUUCUCUUUCUUCUUCUUGGCUCAAAGCUGCUUCUCGUCCAAAAGAACGAUCUCUGCUUUUCAAGCUUCAGCAAAGAUGAACUGCUGUGGAGUUCAACAAAACGCUUUCGAGGUGAUGAGGAGGAGCAGAGACGCCGUCGUUUGCCCUAAACCACGUCGUGCCGGUGUCCUAAACCACCACCACCUUGCUCGGUCUCUCCGUUGGCAAGUCAGUCACCAGAUGGAGCUAUGCGAGUCGAAUUCAAGAAGUGAUAUUUUGGAUUUCAUACUCGCUAAGGGUGGUGGUUGUGAACAAGAUCCGACGCCGGAGCUAUUCUUCACAGGGUCACCGCCGAGUAGAGUUUCUAACCCGUUAACCAAAGAUUCACUCUUUCAGGACGAGCUUCUCGCGGUGGCUCCUCCUCCUCCGUCGACUCCACGAGCAACCAAGCCGCCGCCACCGUCUUCUCCAAGGAACGGUGGCGGUUGCGUUAGGGCGACGACUAACUUUGGGAACAAUCCUGCGGUUCGUGUCGUGGGAUUUAAUUGCCUUGACAUGGACAGACGCAACAGUGUUCCUACUCUUGCAUAAGAGUCCCAAAACAUGCAUAUAUAUAUAACAGAGAGGGCUAAAAACCAUUCAAAAGGUUUAGGAGUCUGUGGAUCAAGUGGGUCUGUGGAAAAUUUGUAAAUAUUUUCAAGAAAAGGUAAUUUUAUAAAAGAUAUAUAAAUUUAGGAUUUGAGUGUCCAAUUUGGGAGUUUUGUAAAAGUAAAAGGGAGAGAGAAGGGUUUGUGAGUGUUAGUGAAGAAAAUAAGAGCAUCAGUGUUCUUCACUAUUGUAGCAAAAGGAAUGAAUUUUGAAAUGUGAAGAUAUCAUUUCUACUCUUUUUUCUGUUGUCUCUUUUGUACAGAUGUAAUUUUCAUGGGAAAUGAAAUUUUUAGUCUUAUUUA